ACUUUUCUUUAUUUAUUUCUCCUUGUGUAAUAUUGAUACGUUGGGCAGCCCAACUUGGGCUUUAGUCUAUAUCUAAAUACCCUCAGACGACGACAUGAAUAAUUAAUUUCGUUUACUCUCACUAUUUGCAUUGCAUUUGCAAUUUCACUAAUUAUCUAAUUAAUUGUUGACUCCCCGUAAUACUGGUAAUUAAUCGUACAUGUUGGAUAAGUUCCUUCUUUAUUACAUUAUAAGGUCAUUAGUGGACAAAAAAUCGGCAACAUGCAACUUAGAAGGAGUUUAAGGAUAUAUGUCCAUGAGAAUGGUCCUCCGGUGCCUAAGCGGUCGAAGAUCAGCCGGGUGAAAAACCAAUUCGAAGUAGAGGAUUUUUGUUGCGGAAAACGCAAAUUUCUCAAACCUCUCCCCUUGGAGUGUGUGCAUGGAUGCACAAUCCUUCCCUUCAAAUCAUAUUUUUGUUAUAAUAAAAAACUAUGUUUCUGUAACAAAUGCCACAGGAAAGUUAGAUCAGGCAAGUCUGCCAUUCUGUAUGUAACUAAACGAGUUACUGUAAGAAAAGGUGACUGUAUAAAAUUAUUGAACAACGGAAUGAUUGAGGAGCCCGUCAUAGUUUGUAGUAGUUGCCGGAAAAAAUUUCACAAAGUUUGUGUAUUGCAUCUAGAGACGAUUUAUGGAUUGUUUACCUGCGCUGACUGUUCGAGGGUUAAAAAUCUGUCAAUACAUAAUGUCAAUGUCUACAAUGUUGAAUCCCUCCCUAAGACUUUGAUGGGGGAUCACAUUCAAGUCGAGGUUCAAUCGUUUUUAGCGCAAAACAAAGUAGAUAAUAAAGUUACGAUCAGAGUAGUAAUCUCAAACAAUGCCAAACUUGUGCCCAAUAUAGGCUGUGAAUCCCAUCGCUCACUUCCCUACAAAAACAAGAUGGUGAUUGCUUUUGAGAAGAUUGGUGGAGUCGACAUUGCGUUUUUUUCCUUCAUAGUUCAGGAGUACUACUCAAACUGCCCUGGACCCAAUAGGAAUUGUGUUUAUUUGGCGUAUUUAGAUUCAGUCCAAGCAUUUCAACCACAUGAACUACGUACUCAGGUGUACCACACCAUACUUCUGGCCUACUUUAAAUAUGUCAAGCUCUUGGGGUUUAAAUGUGUCUACAUUUGGGCUUGUCCUCCAGGACCGUCUUCGGGGUAUGAUUACAUAUUCUACUCGCACCCCCCAGCCAUGAAGAUGCCCACCCUGAAAAGAUUGAAAGCAUGGUACACCAAUUUGCUACGAAUAGGACAGGGGAAAGGUAUCAUAACCGGUCAUUCGAACUUGCUGGUUGACACAAUGAAGAACAAUAUUACUAGGAUUGCAGACCUAGCUUACUUCCAUGAAGACCAUUGGAUAGAUUUUGUUCAAGGCAUAAUAGCACAUCCUCCUACCACUCCUACUGAGGGAGAAAGUAUGAGGUGCCCUAAAGUGAGGUGCCGUAAGAUGACCCCAGGAAAGUUGAAAGCGAAGAAGUUUGCUGAUGAAUUCAACGAAUUCAUUUAUAGUGUUUCGGACUAUCGCAUGCAAUGUGUUCUACGUGAGAUGAAGUUUCGAGGAGACAUGUUCCUCGUAGCACACCUCAACGACAACAUUCCUGGGUCAACAAGGACCAUCGUUGAUCCUGAUCCAGAAUUACGCUGUCCUAUUCUGGACAGUCGAGACGUAUUCAUGCUUUACCUACGGCAAAACCACUACGAAUUUUCAAGUUUGCGCAGAGGUAAAUACUCUACAAUGACCAUAAUUUACAACAUCCAUAUGUUCGACAUGGUAGACCGGAAAAAAGAGAUUUUAUGCAAUCUCUGCCUCGCCGUCAUCAAAUACGGUUAUGACUCUUGCACAAAUUUCCAUUUGUGCUCAUCUUGCCUUGAGAAGAGUGGAAAACACAACCAUUCGAUGAAUGAAGAAAGCAUGAGUAGUAGUACUAGUGAGUUGAGUAGUACUAGUGAGACUUAUGAAGUUGAAUCUUGGGCAGGACAGGAUUUAACUUUUACGGAAGUUUCACAUAUUUUGAAAGCUGUGGGUCAUGCCAUAACAUGUCAAUGUGUCAUAAAGGGACCAAGUUGCACCCUCGGCCAGAAUCUUCUUUGUCACCUUGAAAAGUGUGCCAAACCUCGAGGGACCUGUAUAAUUUGUGUCCGGAUCUUCUCCAUAACGUGUAGCCAUUGCUCGUCUUGUCCGGAUGUGAAAUGCGAACUCCAAGUUUGUAGGAAUGUGAAGCUGUUCCAACAAACUAACAAAUUUUUGACUGAAAGAACUUGCACACUUGGGUGAUUUUUAAGACGUCAUUUUAAAGACUAUAAUUUUAAGGAUUUGACAAUAAUCCACAGUUUAGAUGGUGACAUGUAGAAUUAGGUUUUUUUGUGGCUGCGCAUUAGAUACGCGAAUGUCUUUCUUUGUAUUAGGUGUGUUAGUAUAAUGACAGAACAGAUAGGUACAUGCUCAAAAAGAUUAUUUGAUGACUGUGUACACCUUUUAUUUUUAUUUUAUUUUUUACUUUGUUACAUCUGACCGAAUAAUACAUAAAUUUAAUACAACCAA